AUGGCGGCAAAUUUGGACGAGUCGCUCGAAGACAACAUUGAUCAAUUACCCGAAACUGCAAAUCCUGUACCACCCAGAAGCUUUACUGUAGAAAACGAAAAUUUAACCAACGAAGAAGAACAGUUAUCUGAGAUUGAAGAGCACGAAGACGAAGAAAGAAACCCUCUUUUGGAGCUGAAAAAGUGCAAAGAGUGGCUGCAACAGCAGAAGAUAAACCAUGAGGCUGAAUUACUUGUCCGACGCCUCCAGCAAUGUGAGGACCAACAGCCUUCUACAAGUGUGUCAUCGCAGUCUGAUCUGUAUGAAAGGAUAUCUAAGUUACAAGAUCAGCUGUAUUCCCUUUCAACUGCUCGCUCAUACAAGAAGCUUCUCCUGGACAGGCUUCUGUGUGGUGACCGGUUGAUAAAAAAACUGUUCCCAGAUGUUGUGACAGACUCACCAACAGAAGAACAAACUGAAGAAAUGAGAGCUUUUGUUAAAUUAUGUGAAAAACAGAACAAGCUUAGCACUGAGAUUCUUGUGGAACAUGAGACAUUAUCGGAAGCUCAGACUCUUUUAGACAAGCUGAAACGGCAAAGUUAUGAGAUAAAAAAGGAAAACCGAGGACUUAUGAAACACCUUCAGAAACUUACAGACGACAAGGAAAAUGCUUCUUCUGACCCUUCAGAUAGCAGAGUAAUCCAAAAGUUAAAACAGCAAAUUGGACUCACAGUAGAAAAAAUAGACAUCCUCAGGAGUGUGUUCCAGGGUAUUGUAGUAGGAAGUGGUAUUGACUGGGCGGUGGACGAAGAGAUGCGACGUCUUGUUCUCAGUCUUGGAGAGCUACUAGAGUUUGCGACAUGACUUGUCCUCGUUCGACAGCAAAACUGAGCUUCCCGUCGCUCGCACUAGUAGGAAACAACUACUGAGCUAGUGGAGUGUCGAAAUGAACUCACAAAACUUGAAUGUCUCACACAUAUAUUUAUUUGACAAUGAUAACAUGGAUGGCUCACUUUUUAGUCAGGAGUUGCAUCUUGGCCCUGCUGUCUUACUUAAUCUUUUACACCCUAGUAUCAGUAUGCUUAUUCUCCUUACUGUUCUUUAUAAACCUCCUAUCGUGCCAACAAGGAGAAUUUGUUCAACAAUCAAGAGCCUGUUUAGUUGGUGAUCGUUUCCUUUAUUCUCCUGACCUUAAUCAUAGAGCGUCUCAUCGUGGCCUCCAUGAUUAGCUAAGAUGCGAACAUACGGCAUAAAGUAAUUACUUACUUAUAUUAUACUGCUCUUCAGUGACUGUAAUCUACGUUCUUAAAAGUUUUAGCACAUUGUAUCAGGGUCAAACAGACACUGUAAUAUUAUAGACUAUUUGUACGAAAACAUAAAUAUACGUUAUUGAUCAAGCUUGUGAGGUCAAGAUGGCAGGAUAUUGGCCGAGUUCUUUUUUCGUUGAAGUUAAAAAAACAAUUCCGAGCUCUUACCACUGAAAACCUUCUAUUUCCCUAAUUGUUAGCCAAGAAGCAGAUGGCUUUUGGAUUUUCUCACACGAUUGUUUUUUCAAAACAUGAUGAUCAGGUUUCAAAAUCGUUUAGAAUCUGUUUGGUUUCUACAUCAUACAGAAUCAAUAACUGUUUAUCACAGCAUGAUAAUAAUAAUACAAAUCUGGAAUUCGUCGCGUUUCACAGCAUUGCUUUGAUUAACAUGAAGUUUUUUUUCUUGCUCGGUGUAUCGCAAUCAAACUUGUGCCACGAGGUUCAUGGUGUGUCAAGUCUGUCGGAUCUUCUCUCAUAUGCAAAAUGUUAUGGAGAACAUCCGAUGUAAAUUGCCAAGCUUAAUUCAAACCUUUUGCUAAUUAGCGCUAUCACAAGAUAAGAAGAACGCACGAGAUAACUGAAUAAGAGAUAAGCUCAGAAAUUAAUGACAAAUCUAAACUCAGCCGCGGCUACAAGGCUGUUCUAUGGUUUCAAUAAACUUUUCCAUGGGUG